AAUUUGGAUGAAAAAUUUAGUUACCGUUUGACAAGAUAAAUAAGCAGAGGCUUCUGCUACGGUAACAGAGAAUAGUUCUGAGCAUCGUCGUACUCCUUUUACUUUAUUAUAUCGAUUGUGUAACAAAAAAACAAUGGAAUCAAAAAGCCAUAAACUACCAGUUCGUUAUAUACCUCAAACUAAGGGUGUCAUGCCACUUCGCAAACGUGUUGAUGAGCUGUCGGUGGGAAAUAAUUCGUUGAAUUCGAACCGAGAAAGAGAAAUUAGUCGUGUUAACGUUAAAGUCAACGCGUUGGAAAAAGAGUCAACGAGUUCGAACCAAAACUAUGAGACAGGAAUCGGCGGUGUUAAUUUUCAAUUUUUCAGUGCGUCGGAGACCGAGUUAGAAGACGAUGUCAAAGACGAGAUCGAAAAUAUACUCGACGAGCUAUCGUUGGAAAAAGAGUCGACGAGUUCGAACCAAGACUAUGAGACAGGAAUCGGCGGUGUUAAUUUUCAAUUUUUCAGUGCGUCGGAGACCGAGUUAGAAGACGAUGUCAAAGACGAGAUCGAAAGUAUACUCGAUGAGCUAUCGUUGGAAAAAGACUCGACGAGUUCGAGCUAUGACUACGAGAAAGGAGUCAGCGGUGUUAACUUUCAAUUUUACAGUGCGCCGCAGCCCGGGAUAGAAGCCAAUGUCGACGACGAGAACAAAAGUAUAAUCGAUGAGACAUCGCCGAACAAAGAGUCGUCGUAUUCGAACCGCGACUAUGAGAACGAAAUUUCGUACCGUGUUGAUUUUAAAAUUAGUUCGUUGGAGCCCGAGGUAGAAGCCGAAGUUAACGACGAGACAUCGCUGAAAAAAGAGUCGUCGUACUUUAGCCAAUACUACGAGAAAGGAAUUGUCCAAGCCGACGUUGAAGUUAUCGUGUUAUCGUCGGAUGACGAAGCAGAAGCCGACGUCAACGACGAGAACAAAAAUAUGAUGGCGGAGAAUAAACAAAGUAGUUCUGUAGUCCCAUUCGUAGGGCAAGUUAAAAAGAAUAGGAAAAGAAGGAUUUCUCGGGAGAGGCUGCCCCAGCUCGUGGCAGUAGCUCGAAGAUCUUGCGACAGUCAGGGAUUACUGUUUGAUUGAGGGCAAGUCCAAUACCAAUUAUAGCAUCGAUUGAAAUCGUCAAAAAUUAAAAUUUCAUUAAAUUAAAAGUAUGAUUUAUUUUUUAACUCGUGAACUAUGUAAAGAAAUUAACUGAUCUUGUGAACGGUUUCAUAUAUCGAUUGCCACCAAGUUGAAUUUUUAUAAUGUAACUUGAAUUUUCGAAAGAAAAGACUUGCAGAUAGAAACAAA